GCCUGUGGACAAAUGUCCCCAGUUGUCACCUUCUCUCUGCCUUGCAGCAUCUCUGCCCUUCAUCAUCCUGACGCUGGUGAACUCCCCAUACAAGCGGGGCUUCUACUGCAGCGAUGACUCCAUCCGCUACCCCUACAAGGCAGACACCAUCACUCAUGGCCUCAUGGCUGGAGUGACCAUCACCUGCACUGUUGUCAUUAUCUCAUUAGGGGAGGCUUAUCUGGUCUACACGGAGCGCCUUUAUUCCAAAUCAGAGUUCAACAACUACCUGGCUGCCCUCUACAAGGUGGUGGGGACCUUCCUCUUUGGUGGAGCCAUCAGCCAGUCCCUGACUGACCUGGCCAAAUACAUGAUCGGCCGCCUGCGGCCAAACUUCCUGGCUGUCUGCAAUCCUGACUGGUCCAAGGUGAACUGUUCCAUCUAUGUGCAGCUGGAGAAUGUCUGCCAGGGAGAGAGCAGGAAUAUCACCGAGUCCAGACUGUCUUUCUAUUCUGGACACUCCUCCUUCGGGAUGUACUGCAUGAUGUUCCUGGCGCUCUAUGUGCAGGCCCGGCUGGUGGGGAAGUGGGCCCGACUGCUGCGUCCCACCAUCCAGUUCUUGCUCAUCGCCUUUGCCAUCUACGUGGGUUACACCCGGGUGUCCGACUACAAGCACCACUGGAGCGAUGUGCUGGCAGGGCUGCUCCAAGGGGCUCUCAUUGCUGUCCUCAUUGUCCGCUACGUUUCUGACUUCUUCAAGCACCGUCCGCCCCGGCAGUGUGACGAGAAGGACCCGGAGCGCAAGCCCAGCCUGCCGCUCACCAUGAGCGACCCCGACCGCAAUCACUACAGCUACCGGGGCACUCCGUACCUGCGGGACGGCCCUGCCCAUCCCCGCGCUCCUGGCUCCCCCUGCUUGCCGGUGGCCCUGCGAUUCCCAACACCCUGCCCGUGGGAAGCGGAGGCCCAUCUCCAGGCACCUUCUGCUGCUGCAGGAGCCACUGUCACUGCCAGUGCCAUCCCCAGCACUCCCCAGUCCCUCAAGCUGACCUACCCGGAGACCUUGGACCGCAUCAAGGAGGAGUUCCAGUUCCUGCAGAACCAAUACCACAGGUGA